UGUUGUUGUUUACCCUAACAUGACGUGGAUGACUAUCAUAAUGCUUAUGGUAAACAGUUUUGGAAUUUACUACAGCGAAGGUGCAGAUUCCAGACACUACAUUUCCAAAAACAUAACUUUACAUCAAUCCCAGGAAGCAUCUAUUAUAUCCCCUGGGUAUCCCACAAAGCAUUACGAGAAAGACACAGUCUACAUUUGGACCGUGACGGCCUCGGGAACCACGGAGGAGAUCACUAUCCAUAUAUUAGAUCUGGAUUUGCCAUACACUUCAGGAUUCCCUUGUGGCGACUAUUUGAAGAUACAAGACAGAGAUGAAGACAACUUCGCAAUAUUCAAGCAAUGUGGGAAAUUAAAGCAAAAAACUGUUGUUACUACCGGAAACAAAUUGAAGAUAACGCUCUUUUCUAAUUAUGACGAUCUUACAGGAAAAGGAUUUAAUCUCAAUUUGAGAGUCACUAAAACCAAGCAAACAACAACACAACCAACAACCAAAGGCAUUCCAACAACUACUCCAGUUCCCAUGACGUCACCAUCAUCGGUGAAGACUACAACUAAACGUUUAGUUACUAAAACCAAGAAAACAACACAACCAACAACCAAAGGUAUUCCAACAACUACUCCAGUUCUCAUGACGUCACCAUCAUCGGUGCAGACUACAACUAAACAUUUAGGAAUUUCUUGUGAAGGAGAUACUUUUUUCAACCACAGAAUGCUACAAGAAUUGGAUGAAACAUGCAUUCAGUCCCCGGGAUAUCCAAACUAUAAUUAUCCAAAAGACACAACCUACAUAUGGAUAAUCACAGCCCCAGAGACUACCGAUGAGAUCACUAUCACGAUAUUAAAUCUGGAAAUCCAUCAUACUUUUGGUUACACUUGUGAGGACUACCUCAAGAUACAAGAUACAGAGGAUGAGAAAGUCUCACUAUUCAAACAAUGCAGGAGAUCGCGGAAUAACACGAUCAUUACCAGAGGAAACAAAUUAAAGAUAACACUGUUUUCUAAUUCUGACAACUUAACAGGAAAAGGGUUCAGGCUAAGCUUGAGAGUUACAAAGGUAAAGCGAACAUCAACCAGGUCAUCAACCAGUGGUAUUCUGUCAGAGAAUUUGGGUGUCAUGGACAUAUCAACCUCUGUUGAGAAUACAACGGUUUAUUCAGGACUACCUUCAGGAAGAAAGAUAACUCGGACUAAACUGAUGAAAGAUACGAAUACCACUUCGACGAAUAGAAGUCUGACAACGAUAGGCUCAAGAGAGUCAGAAAUGUGCAGAGCCAGGACGUUUUAGAUCUCCAAGGAAGACGAUCCCGAAUGCAAAGAGAGAUGAUCGUGCCUCAGCAGGAGUAGCGGAAACAGCUGCCCAGAGAACCUCUGUUCCGUCUCCCUGACAAUUAUCAUGUGUGGGACCACAAACAGAAGAUUCAAAUGAACUGGUGAAUAUCAAAAUUGUUUUGUUUUUGUUUUUAAGUACAAAAAUUGUAAUGUUUGAUUUUGAAUGACGUAGUUAUUGCAUAUGCAACAUGUUUUUAUGUCUAUAAUACUUUCUAUUUAUUUCGGAAAAUAUCAAAUCCAUAUUUUGAUUUUCCACACGUUUACCUUUUGCCAGUCUUCUCGAACACAAUUUUAUGUUCGUGCUUUACAAGAACUUCGUGUUCGAUUCAUUUCUUGUACAAAGAGUGGGGUUUUCAACAUGCGGUAAAUAAACAUCACGCAUUCGUCGGAAACUGUUUUAAAAAGUUAGAUAUGUAGAUACCUUAGUAGAGUCAACUUACUUCGGUUCAGGGUAGAACUAGAUAUCCUUUAUCCUAGCAUUUUUCAAAGUCGAUGUUUUCAUAUUUCGGUUAUUCCAAUGUUUACAUUUAGCCUUGUCUUAUAUUACUUUGAGGUGUAAGGAAGUCUAUCAGUUUUAUAACACUUUAUUUUUCACGGUGUAUGGAAGUUUGUUAGGGUCAUAACUUCAGAUUCUCUUAUCAUUUUAGUACCUAGUUAUUUUUCUUAAUUCUGGUCAUUCGGUUUGACUAACUUUAUAUUCUCCUCUGGUCAUAUCAUUCAUUUUCAUUGGGAAACUUAUUAUUGGUUAUCAACUGUUCUAAAUCCAUAUUUUUAUGCUAUAAUAAUUUCUUUACACUU